CCAACGCGCUCUUUCGUCGCCUGCGCCAUGUCGACGACAUCAAGCAGUCCAGAUGGCGGCCCUGGAAAUGCUGCAGUCGAUAAUGCGGGUGAAGCCGAAAAGCAGCUAAGCCGUUGUGAGGAGAUGGUGCAGUACAGUUUACAGAGAUGUCCCAAGGUAAAGUUCAUGCGAGAAAAGCUGGAAAAGCUGGGGUGCGAGAUGCCGACGGGGAUGUUCGCGUGUCGGCCGUGCGAGGGGAUGGACAUCUCCGGCGGUUUCAUCCCGCCCACCAAGGGCGCCGACGGAAAACCCUCGCGCGCAGAGGUGGUGCUGUGCAGUGACAAGGGGGUAAACCAGACGAUGAUGGACCACACCAUGGCUCACGAGCUCAUCCACGCAUACGACCAGUGCCGGGUGAAGUUGGACCGCACCAACUGCUUGCACGUGGCGUGCACCGAGAUUCGUGCUUCCAACACUAGCGGGGAGUGUUCCUUCAACAUGGAGGUACGACGGGGCCACCUCAAGUGGGGGGGGCAGCAGAAAGAGUGCGUUAAGCGGAGAGCGGAGUUGUCGGUGAAGGCAACGCCCGGGUGCUCGGAUAAGGCAGCGGAGUACGUGAACUCUGCCUUCAAGCCAUGUUACUACGACACGGAGCCAUACGACAAGAAUCCGUUGUAGCGCAUUGUGAAGACAGCGGUAGCCAUGGCAAUAGUGCCGAUGCCGGUUGGAGAGCCGAUCGGUACAUUACUUGGUCGAUA